CAUCUAGCAGCAGAUGUAGGACAAUCAUUGUACUACAAAGUAUAAUAAACGAAUUCGUAAUAAAAAUGUCAACUUUUCAAACCCAACUUUUGUAUGCUUUAGGAAAUAGAACUAAAGUUUUGCCCGAGUUAAAAAAGGUGUUUGUUCGUCCUUUAAUACAAAUUGCUGUAAAAGCAAUAAAUCAAGAACACAUAGAAGGAGGAAUAUUAGACAGGAUAAGUCAAAAGUAUAACGUGUCAGAACAAUCUGUGGAUGAAUACUAUUCUGUAAUUUGUACAAUAUUGAAAGUUCACUUGGGCAUAUCGUCUCAAAACGUCAAGCCUGCAGAAUUCAGACAAGCAUUGGAUGAAUUAAAGUUACCUUCUGAUUGUAUCGAUGAUCUGUCUACGGUUGUGUAUGGUCAGAAAAGACCAGAGUUGAUAGCAGGUCUAAUACACAGGACAAAGUUUUAUGCACAUUUAAUAUCUUGCAAGUGGCGUGUAGACAUCACCAUUUCUUCUAGCAUCAUAAAUAGGGUUUUGGAGCCACAUAUUAUAAUGGAAUGGACAUUCAAUAAUGGAGAGUGUCAGAUAUUUGAACUAUCUCUAUCAAAAUUUCAUCAGUUAAGGCAUGCUGUGGCAACUAUACUUGUAGAAAUGCAAAAAAUUGAACAACAGUGUGCCCUAAAAAACAUUGUGUGCAGUUGAUAAUUGUAUACAACUUAAUAUUAUAUGUACUUUUAAUUUUAACUAUGUGCAAUAUUAUUUUACAAAUAAAUAGACGAGAAAACAGAAUUAAGUUUUAUAUUGCAACAUUACAACUGUAUCUAAUGAUGUACAUAAAUAAAUAAUAAAAUAAAACAAAAUUACUUUAAUAUAAGUUUCCAUACUGAAAUAAUCGUAUAAAUUUGUAUGAACUUAAUUGUAAUUCCAAGUUAUAAUACGUAAAUAAAUUUAUGUAAGAAACUCA